UUGGCUUGGCUACAACGUGCGUGAAGGCGCAGGGCGGCAUGGAAUGCCGCUCGAAACGUUUCGCCUUUGACCUAGGCGUUCAAGUUUGUGAGCUGCACGCCGGAUCAUUUUGUGGUCCUUACCAAGUAACUGAUAUUAAUUCUAAAUCAAAACAUACGUGCAAAGCUAAAGUAUAGUUUACAGAUCACGCAGUCCCAAUUGGACAUAUCUAAGUGACAUGAACAGUGCUACAGCUCUCAUCGUGAGGAGCAGCGGAACAGCAGUGUGAAAGCAAUAACAUUCUCAUAGUUAAUAAUUAUACUACAGACAAGUUCAGUGUUAAAUGUACUUCUUCAUAGUUAAACUCCUUACUAAAGGAUACUGCGACAACAGUGUUAAAACAAUUUUUGCUUAGAUGAUUUCUAUACUAAAGAACAGUUCAACAAGCGUUAAAAGAAAUUUCGCAUAGCCAAGUUCUCAACUAAGGAACAGUUCAACAGUAGCAUAGCUAAUUUCUAUACUAAAAAGUGCAACAAUAGUUCUAAAAUAACUUUCACAGAGCUAAGUUUUUUACUAAAGAACAGUGUAAAACUUUCAUAUAUCUACACUCUAUACUAAAAAACAAUGGGACAACAGUGUUAAAGGUCUUUCAUAUAGUUACACGUAAUAUCUAUACUAAAGAAGAUUGUAAUAGCAGUUUCAAAGCAGUUUUCACACAGUUCUGCACUACAGAACAAAGCAACAGCAGGGUGAAAACAAAUUUGAGAGCUAAAUUAUAUGACUUAACUUAGCAAGACUAUCAUUUUGAUAAAUAAAUUCCAUAUUAGAGCACAGUUACACAAUAGGCUGAAGAAGACAAUUUUGACGGAUAAGUUCUGUGCUACGGAAUAGCGAACCAUUGCAGAAAGCAGCUUUUUUUUUUUCACAGAAUUCUAUAUGUUAUUUAAAGCACGCAUUGUAAAUAGCAGAAAACAUUCUUAUAAAUACAUUCUAGUCAGUUUCAUGAUGAUUCAAUUAAACUCGGACUCCAUGCUUAUUACAAAUUUUCAUUCUUUGAAUAACAAAAAAUUAUAAGCUCUGUUAAUCAAUUAGCAGUUGACAAACACUCUAACAGGACCGAUAUAAUUAAACAUGAAUGCAAAUAUAAUGAGCAAAUUAGCACCAAGAUAUAGUGUCGUGGUCGGCUUUAUUCGAGACUAAGUCAUUUAUGGAUAAAAUACAAUAAACAAAGAUAAGAAACAAAAGAUAAAGGUAACUAAUAAAACAGAAAAGGAAUAUCUCCUUAAAGACUCUAGUCAGUAUUCUUGUACGAGAUAUGGAGCUAAAUUUUACAAACAGCACGGAGGUAUCCUCCUGCACUCGAAAGAUGGGAGCAGUGACACAGAUGGUUUUCACGGUAAUGUAUGUUACCGGAGCUUUAGGUAACUUAGCAGCCCUGACUAUUCUAUAUCGAAGUGAGAAGCAAAUGAGGAACAAGAAGAUAGUACUUAUGCUUCGGUGUCUCUCUUCGAACGAUCUCGUUGCUCUGCUGGGAAUGCUUAUCCUGAUGAACCUGCAGGUCUACCUGCCAAUCGAGAAGGUGUGUAGCCUCGAGUUCUGUGUGGUGCGCGUCAUCUGGAGGCAGUUCGGCCUGAGCUCGGGCUGCGUUGCAGUAGUUAUGGCAGUAGAGCGCUGGCUCGCCCUCACACACCCCUUCCUGUACCAGAAGCACAUCACUUACAACGUGAUCCGGCGCGCCAUCUUCUGCUUGUGGUUCGCGGUCCUCGUGUUAGUGUGCCUGCCCUUCACUGGGUUCGGGCGUUACUAUGACAGUGGCUGUGUCCGCUACAGGGACGCUACCGUGACAGUGGACAUAGUGUACGCUUACCUGUUCUUCGUGUUCGGCACGCUGCUGUGUGUGUGCAUCGUGCUGUGCAACCUGGCUGUGAUCAGGGUGCUGUGUCACGUGGGGUGUAGAGGCACCCGCAGGAAACUCCUGGGACGUCGGAUCAGCCGGAACUCCAGCCGCACUCGCUCCGUGUCCAGCGGCAGCAGUAACACCGCCGGCGUACUCACCAAUGGAGGAGGCGACGUCACUUACUACAACGCCUCAACCCCAGAGGAACUCGCGUUCGCACGCCUCAUGGCCGUUCUCUGCGUCGCAUUCGUGGUCUGCUGGAUGCCACAAAUGAUAUCCAUUUUGCUGGCACAAUGGGCUCCAGGAUGUGCAAUAAGCAAGAUUUUCUACAAAGUAGCAGAUGGCCUGAUAAUGUUGCAUUUCAUUUUAGACCCUCUAUUCUACGUGCUGCUGCGCUGCCAGCGGCGAACUUGCUUUCCUAACAUGCUAAAACUGGUAUUUCACACAUGCCAGUCACAUCCAAGUGAUCAUGGCAGUCAUCCAACCUCUCUAGCCAUGACUGAUCAUGAACAUUGCCCUAGCCUUAACCCGACAGGAGAGCCCUCAUGUGAGCUGGCCACAGCAGCAGCUGUGUGACUACAAUAUUUACAAAAAUUAUUCUAUCUUCAAAAUUAAAAAAAAAAAAUAGCCAUUUAAGGUUACAGAAGGCAAGCAAAGAGUAGAUUUACAAAUUUUAUGUUCAAUUGUAAUGUCAUUAUAUGAUCAAUUGCAUGCCACUGUAAACACAGUAAGUUCUCACAGCUGUGUUUGCAUAACAGGAUCAAGUGUGAGAAAUCCUCUAUGAACCAGGCAAUCCGGACAUAAAGAGUCCUACUUACAUGCCUUUCUUACCAUAAAAGCUUAUUAUUUAAACAAAUUUACCAUCUGUUCCUUUCAUUGAGUAACUUUACAAACAAGAAUAACUAUAUAUGGUUUUAGUCGAAGUUGGUUUGGCCUCUGCACACUAUCCUAAUUCAUGUUAAUUGUAGUUUCCAAUUUAUUUAUUCAUUCAUUCAUAUACUGAUUUUCUAGUGACAAAAAUUAUAUAUAUAUAGAAAUAUUGCACGAAACUGAAAAAGAAGAAUUGUGGGAAGAAAGAAGAGACUGAAGACUUUGUGUUCAUCAACUCAUAUAAAAUGGAAAUAGUGCUAGAAGCAAAGAGAGAUGUGUGCAUGUGAGGUGGGCACAAGCAAGGGUGACCAACUUUCGGUCAUGAAUUUAAGGGAGAUUUAGUCACGACAAAUUUUGCGCAUUUUUAGAGGCGCGGCGUCAGUCCAGCAAACGUUCAUGGAAUGGAUAAUAUUAAACAAAACAAUUAAUUUACAUUGUAUAUAACAUACAGGUCACAAUAUAGAAUAAAUUUUACAAAUUUGCAUGUUUCUUAGUCCUAACCUAUGUGUAUUUGUCCACUGAUGCUGCAGAACUAAGCAUUUUUUUAUCUUUUUGUGCAAAUUUAAAAAACUCUUUACAACUAUAGUCAUAAUUAAUUGCUACCAUUAGCUCUGACUUAAUUAGUUCUAAGCUGCUUUGAUUUCUCUGAUCAGUCCAUUUAUUGGUGGUCAACAGUGAAAAAAUUCUUUCAGUAUGGGCAUUUGAGCCUGCAUCCUGCCUGAUGUUAGGGAAAGCCAACGAGUGGGGACAUGAUGACCAAUCUCCAACCACUAGGCAUCAACAAGAUCAAAGAAUGACUUCAACUCUUCUCUUCUUUUUGCUGAUACCAAAAAGUGCCCAUAUAUUUUUAAGAUGAUCAUUUCAAUAUCCACAACUAAUCCAUCAGAUGCAUGUUUUGUGGCAUUAUGCAAUAUAUAUUUCAGCAGUUUGCUUUAAGCACAUUUUUGUUAUCUUCUUGUAGUAGUUUGAACAUAGAAUUAUGCUUCCCAUAAUUCACAUUUGCAUUAUCUGCACAAUAUGAAGUUAUAUUUUUUAUAUCUAACUUGUGCAUAUCAAGUGAAGACUUGAUCAAAUUAUGGGUAGCAUUAGCUUUUUCAUCAGCUUGUUCAAUGAAGUCCAAGAGCCCAUUUUUAACACCACUAAGAGGGUCAAAAUACCUUACAACCAGCAGGAAUAUCUUUCUGUUUUUGUGGUUGGAGGUAUCAGUUGCAAUAGAGAAAAAGUUGCUUGAUUUUGCUGGAUCCUUCAACACAUCGAUAAGUCUUGCACACUUCUUGGCGCUAGAGUAUUUUUCACAAUAGCCUCUGCCUUUGUUCAGCCACAGGUCAUCUUCUUAGCCAAUUUAGAGUCAUGGAAAAUAUCCUUCAAUAACUUAUUUGCGCAAUCCAUACUUCUGUAGCCGAUGUUGUGUUUUACAGUAUGGAAAACCAAUGCUAGCUCACCUGCAACGUUUUUGAAGUCUUUGCUGCUGUUCCUGAAAAAAGAGGUGUAAAUUUGAAGAGGUCUUCACGUCCCUUUCCUUUCGUUUAUGCCCUUCUGUGCAAGAAUAUUGUCUGCAGUCGGUAAUACCCCCUGUGAGCGAUGCUGAACUCAUGUUUACAAAGUAUACAAUAAGCUCUAUAAGCGCUGGAGGACACGGACUUUAACCAUAAAUAUUGUUCUUCCCAUUUUCUCAAGUAAACACACAAGUAUUUAGUUUUCUUCUUAGGUGGAGUUUUUACAUUGUUGCUUUCACUUUCACUGUCAGUACUCAUUAUGAAAAUGGAUUCAACUUGGUAAUUAUUUAAAAGCACGAGGAUGAACAGCCCACGACACAAGAACAGAAAAUAUUACAAUCCGGACACGGAUAUUCCGCUAUCGAUUAGUAUAGGUAAUUUUUCGAUAUUUAUCGAUGAGAACCUCUAAGUCUCAACUGUCGAUAAUAAUGACAGUUUAUAUCGGAAUGUAUUUGGCGGGAAUAAUAUAUAAUUUAAAUUUUGCCAUCUUGAUUGUUAAUGAAAUAUACGGGAGAAAUAGAAGGUCAAUACGGGAGCCGGGAGGAUCCAAAAAAAUUAGCUCUAAUACGAGAGAUCCCGGGAAAUACGGGAGAGUUGGUCACCCUAGCGCAAGCCAUAAACUCUAAUCAUAUGUACACUUUUAAACCUAAAAUUAAACUUGUACACAUGUCACUAUUAUCUGA